AAAACUUCAACUUGGAACAAACACUGCUCGAGGUGAACUACACCGAAUUGACUCGACAAUCAAAGCCCAUCAGACUGCAAUACAUCCUCCCUCGCUCAUUGAACGGUAAUUCCAGGAUCGCCAGAUUAAGGCCGCUGAUCAAGCCCUGCUAAUCUCCAUCGGCAGCGCGCAAUCCAUGGCGUCCAACCCGUACACGCUGUACUACUCCCCCGGCACGGCCAGUCUGUGCGUGCACUGGAUGCUGAUCGAGGCCAACCUGCCCUUCGAUGCGAUCCCCGUCGACUUCGCCACGGGGGCCCAGCACAGCGAGGCCUACCGCCGAUUGAACCCAACCGGCCGCGUCCCCACGUUGAUCGUGAACGGCGAGGCUCACGGGGAAUGCACGGCCCUGCUGAUGCUGCUGGCGGAGCGCCAUCCCGACCGCGGACUGAUGCCCGCAGUGGAGGCCGCGAACCGCCCGCUGUGGCUGCAGACGAUGAUUUACCUGGCCAACACGGUCCUUCCCGCCAUGCGCGACUGGUUCUAUGCGGACAAGGACGGUCCGGCCGAGGGCGCGACCGCAGUGCGUGCCUUGGCUCGAUCGCGGAUUGAGGGGACCUGGGAUCUAUUUGAUGCGCGAUUGGCAGGAUCAGCGGGCUCCCUCAGAUCGCCUUCGACGGAGGGAGCUCCAAAAUACCUUGUAGGGGAGACCUUGACGACGGCGGACCUUUUGGCAGUGAUGCUGAUGCGCUGGUCGCGCGACAUGCCCCGACCGGCGACGAGUUGGCCGCACCUGGCCCGUUACGUGGAUCACCUCACAGCCCUGCCUUCCUUUCAGGAAGUCUGUCGUCGCGAAGGAUUGUCCGAUUGGCCCCCGUCCAGGGUCGGGGGUGGUGAUGAUGGUGACGAACUGAGGAUGUAAUGAGGAGCAAGUGAGCUAUCCAGGACAGGAACGUAUGUAUCCAGCUUAGUCGGUCUUGCUAUUAUAGUCUACGCUCACCAUCGAGCUUUCCCCCUGCGCCUUAAAGGGGAUUGUAAACCUGUAACAUAAAUCAGAUUACAGCUGUGUAUUUGUGGAGAUUGAUACGAAU